UUUCCUCCAUUUUGUCAUUCACUCAUCAUUAAUUCAGGCAUUGUGACAAGAUGCCCUCUUGAACUGAAGAUGAAGAGAAAGAAAGAAGGAGACGAGUGGUACGGAAAGAUAAGCUACCGGGACUACGAGGAAGAGAUAGAAGACCCUGUAGAUGUGGAGAAAUUGAUUAGAGAUGCUCAGGACAAAAUGGCUGGGGAAGGUGUGGGGAUCUCUGAUGACCUGAUCAGUCUGGAAAUCGCCUCUCCUGAUGUUCCAGACCUGACGCUCAUUGACCUGCCUGGCAUCACCAGGGUGGCUGUCUCGGGACAACCAGAAAACAUUGGAGACCAGGUACAGUAUGAUAGUCCAGUGUCCUCAAAACUAGUUGUCAGCACUUCUCAGAGGGACAGUUUCAGCAUUAGAAAUUUGCACCAGUGGCAACCCAUCUACUAUUUGCCCAUCUCUAGUCAUUUAUAGAGACAGGUGAAUGAUUCCAAAACUCCAACUUGGGUCAUUUCAGUGACAUGCGCUCUUGUGAUAUAUUGUGUCAUAGCUUGUAUCAAAUGAAGAAAAAUGUCCAUUGUGCUUCAGAAGGUGCUUCACUGAAUUAGAGUUUUAAAGUGGUGCAGUUAAGUUAGGCACAUGAUUGUAAUAUGAAGAGACAAUCAUUGAAAAAUAUGGCAAUGCACACCAGAAAGUGUUGAAAAUACUGUUGAGAUAGAAAAAUGACCUUAUCCUUU